UAUUAAAUGUAUUUUAUGAAACUGCGUAUAUUGUUAAUCUAGUACAUUUAUUCCAGAGGUGAAUCUAAAUCCAAAAUAUUCGCUUUUAUGAAAACCAAAUUCAAUUUUCUUUCAUAUUGAAGAUCCAACUUGAAUUCAACGUUAUCUAGCUCAAAAUUUCUGUAUAGAGAAGUGAAAACAUAGUUUAAAAUUAGUGAUUGGUAUUGACAUGGCCCAAAGUAUAUUUUUGUCAAUUGUUUUAUCCACUUUAAUUGUGCUUCACUUGGCAACAACAACUAAAGCAUAUUGGCAAAAAUGUUUCGAUGAUUCGUGUCCGAUUAAAUACAUUAAAUUUUCAUCUAAAUCCAGUUCUCGCGACAUUUCAGGUGGUUUAGAUAGAGACAAAACUACUUACUCUUCAAAUGACGAUGGAGUCAGGUUCGAGAUGCAAGCUCCUGCAUCUGGCAUCCCUGGUCAGACAAUAGAUAUUGAAUGGGAUGACGACAACGUUUUAUUUACUUGUAGUGUUCGUGUUGUUACAAUUUAUAAGGACAAUUACACUAUUCAGACUAUUACUGAUUACAAUAUCGCACCAGAAAUAAAUGGAACUGCAAUUUAUUUCAAUGAUAAACUCUACUGUUCCUGGGCUAUAAAGAUAAGCAACUCUACAUUUCCUUAUGAAUUGAUUGAUCCACCUCAAUAUUACAUAUCGGAAAGCGGAUAUCAAAUCUAUUACAACUUGACCCAAACUGUACCCAUUGCUGCAGCCAACUACAGUCAGCUACCUGCAAGUGUCGAACCAUUUGUCGAUGGCUAUGAAUACAAAGCUGUUGGAUCAGAAAAGUAUCUGUUAAUUGCUAGAAUAGCAAAUGAUUCAACUGACUUCUUGUUGAAAGUUAAUGGAGAAACUCCAAGACUGGUUGAAGUGAAUCUGAAAAGUGACAUAAGCAUAAAUAUUGAUUGCAAUUUCGAGGAAGGAACCUUUACUAUGUCCACAAAGUUCUAUGACACAGAAAGCGUAGUAUGGUUUCUGCAGCCUGGAAGAAUCGAUGGAGAUGAAUGCCUUUGGUCAUUAUCUGACUCAUUGAAAGUUCGUUCGUUUCCAGCAAAACUCAAGGAAACAAUCUAUGAAUUGCAGAUCAUUGAAAACAAAAGAUUUGUUUAUUUUGAUGAAAAAAAUUUCAGAAUAAUAACACCUACUUCUGCUUCCAGUUCAUUAAUUAUCGCCAAAUCAUUGUUAGUUUUCUCGUUAAUUUCUGUAAUCUUCAUGUAAUCGAAAGUAUUAAUACCUUGACUUGAAUCUUCGGUAUCUACAAAUUUGUUAAAUAUACAUGUAAAUAAAUCAAUGUAAAAUAUCGCAAA